AUGGACUCUAAUUAUCCUAAUUAUGUACCUAAUCCUGGUAGAAGACGCAGAAAUCGUCUAACAAAUUCACAACAAAAUACAAACCAAAACCCCAUCAAUUACCAACAAAAUCUUAAUAAUUACCCCCAAAAUCCCACUAAUUACCCACAAAAUCCGCAUAAUUAUCAGCAAAAUCCCCCUAAUUACCCACAAAAUUCGCAUAAUUAUCAGCAAAAUCCCCCAAAUUACCCACAAAAUUCAACUCAAAACUAUUCUCAAAAUGACCCUCAAAAUUAUCGCCAGCAUCAACAAAAUUACCAAUAUAAUUCCACCCUUGAGAGUUCCCAUAACCCACAAAAUUAUCCACAAAAUCAAGAUUACGAUGAUGAUCGUGAUGAUGAAGAAGAUGAAGAUGAUGAUGAAUUUGAAGUUCCAUGCACGCAACAAACCUUCACUCAACUUUUGUCUGAACCAACACAAUUUCAACCAACUCCUCAACCAACUCCUCGACCAACUCAAGAACCCAUUGUAAAUGAGAAAAAAAUUUGGUGGAAAGCUGAAAAAGCAGCACUAGUUUCAGCAUUCAUGAAUACAAGUAUAUACAACAUUGUUGGAACGCAGCAGAAAAAGGGUGCAUUUUGGGGGAGAGUGAUGGAAAAAUUUGAGGCAGCUAGAGAAGCCAACCCUCAUGAAAUUCAAUUCCGCAAUAUUGGCAGUAUGAAGGGCCAAUGGUUCAGAAUGUCUGAAGCGGUGCAAAAGUGGUGUGGAUGCUACGACAAGGCAGAGGUAAGAAAGAGGAGUGGCCAAAAUGAUGAUGAUGUGAUCUCUGAAACUCAUAAGAUAUUUGAAAGCACGGGAGGAAAAUUUCACUUCUAUGAUGAAUGGAUUUUGAUGAGGAAGUUCGAUAAGUACCGUUCCAUAUUGAGUAACCCUGGUUACAAGAUAACACAUGGACGUCCAUCGAAUACGCCUCAAAUGUCUAAUUCUGUUGGUUCUGGAAGUAGUGGAAAGAGAACAAGGUCUGAAGAUGGAGGCUCCACACCAACCACCCCCACAAGCGGUGAUGUUCCGGAUGAUCACUCGCCUCGUCCAGAAGGCAACAAGAAAGCUAAGGCUAGACUCAAGGGCAAGAGCCAAACUAGUGAAGCUAUUGAAGCUUUUUCAUCGUUUGGUGACAGACUUCAACUCUAUGGUGAGAGGAAGGGAUUAGAUAUCGAUUUGCAACAUGAGAAACUACGGUUUCUUAAGCAAAAGGAAGCAAGGAAGCAAAGGCAACUCGAGCUAGAAGAGAUAAGCAGGCAGAGGCAGACGGAAUUAGAGGAGAAAAACAUAAAAAUGCAACAAUAUCAGGUGAAUUGGCAAAUGCUCCAAUCAUUAAUCUCUAAGGAAAAUCGCCUACCAUGGGAAGAUGAAAUGAUCAACAAUCUGCAAAUAUACUUUAACAACUUUGGGGCAUUGUAG